UCUAAGUAUAGGCAAAUGUAUGUGAUCAUAAGGAGGGUAUGCCACAUAAUUAUGGACCAAAUGUACACACUCGUUACCAUAUUUACGUACUUAGGAAUUAUGGUAAUAACAGUAGCAAGAUCAGAUGUGGGAGAACGAAUAGCCAGGCCCGGUUGUCGGACGCAUUGUGGAAACGUCAGCAUCCCAUUUCCUUUCGGGAUCGGACGAAAUUGUUACGCAAACAAUUGGUUCGAAGUGGAAUGUACUGCGGCCAACCCUGCCCUCAUCCUUAAACGCACCAAACUAGAAGUGCUUAAUAUUUCAGUCAACCAGGGGACCAUUCAGACUAAAAGUCCCAUAAGUUUUUUCAAUUGCCAACACAAAGAAAGUCGUAAUAAUAAACCAGUACUGAAUAAUUUAUAUGGAUCACCCUUUGGAUUCAGCGGUGACAACAUAUUCAUUGCAGUGAGUUGUGGCGUGGAAGCUAUUAUUGAUGCAGAUUCAGAUAACUCAAUCAUUCAAGUUGGGUGCAAGUCCACCUGUAGUAAUAGUAAUAUAUUAAUUGAAAGUUGUGAUGGCUUAGAUUGUUGUAAGGCUACUGUUCCCAUUUAUCUUGGACCUUCAUUUCGCAUAGUUUUCAGGCCCAAUGAUUCUUCCAAUCAUGAUGACUGCAAGUACGCUUUCUUGGUCGAUGAAAAUUGGUUGGCAGAAAAUCAAUCAAAAGAUUUGGGCAAAUUUAGAAAUAUGGAUAGUGUUCCAGUGAUUCUGGACUGGAUAAUGGAUUAUUCUUUGGAUGAUAAGAUGUUAUCUUCUUCUUCUGAGUCGGUUGUGUGCAAUAAUAUAACUAUGGUAGAUCAAUCUAUCAAAUAUCAGUGUACAUGCAAUAGUGGAUUUCGAGGAAACCCAUAUCUUCCCCGUGGAUGUCAAGAUAUUAAUGAAUGCAAAGAAAAUCCUAUGGUAUGUUCGGAUGAUCUGACUGAUACCAUUUGCAUUAACAAUUAUGGUUCCUACACAUGCGGGAAGAAGUCACGGAAAAAUAUCAAUAAGUUCAUUAUUGGUAUUGUUAGUGGUUUGGGAGCAUUGUUUCUGUUUUUUACAACAUGGUACUUUUACAAAACAUUAAAGAAACAUAAUGAUGCUAAACACGUGAAAAAGAUCUUCAAACGAAAUGGAGGUAUGUUGUUGGAACAAGAGAUAUCUGCUGGAAAGGUUAAUGUUGAGAAAAUCAAGGUUUUUAACUCCAAAGAAUUAGAAAACGCCACUGACCAUUUUAAUAUAAAUAGGGUUCUUGGCAAAGGAGGCCAAGGAACUGUGUAUAAAGGAAUGCUGGCAGAUGGAAAAAUUAUCGCGGUAAAGAAGUCAACCAAAGUUGAUGAAGCCAAAGUUACAGAGUUCAUUAAUGAGGUAGUCAUUCUUUCACAAAUCAAUCACAGAAACAUCGUUAAGUUGUUAGGAUGUUGUCUCGAGACUGAAGUUCCUCUUUUAGUUUAUGAAUUCAUUCCUAAUGGAACUCUUUCAUACUACAUUCACAACUAUAGUGAAGAGUUUAAAUUAAAUUGGAAAAUGCGUUUGAGAAUAGCCAUUGAAGUUGUAGAAGCUCUUUCGUACUUACAUUCAGCUGCAUCUUUCCCAAUUUAUCACCGAGAUAUUAAGUCGACAAACAUACUUCUAGAUGAAAAAUUUAGAGCAAAAAUUGCAGACUUCGGUACUUCAAGAUUGAUUACAUUAGAACAAACUCAUUUGACAACAGUAGUUUAUGGUACUGCUGGUUACUUGGAUCCAGAAUAUCUUCAAUCAAACCAAUACACCGUAAAAAGUGACGUUUAUAGCUUAGGUGUGGUUCUUGUGGAGCUCUUGACUGGACAAAAAGCAAUUUCUCUAAUAAGAACAGAAGAAGGUAGGAGUUUGGCUACAUAUUUUCUUAUAUCAAUGCGAGAGAAUCGUCUACUUGACAUUCUUGAUGCUCAAGUGCUAGAGGGACCACUGGAAGAGAUUAUGAUUUUUGCCAAUCUUGCGAAAUGUUGCUUAGAUUUGCAUGGUAAUAAUCGUCCAACGAUGAAAGAGGUAGUCAUGAAGCUAGAAGUCAUUAAAAUAAUGGAUAGAAAUACAUAAAAGAAUACUCAUGCUAAAUUAUGUUGAAGAGGUCAAAUAUCUUACAACUUAUAAAUUGAUCUUUGGGAUUUUAUAGAAUUUUUUUUAUAACAUGAUCAUAUUUAAGAGUU